CAUCAGAUCAUAAAUUUGUUGUGGCAUAGCAAAGUGUAUUUGAGAAAUGUUUCAAUUUGAUAGUUUAGUUGUAAACUCAAAACAUAGAACACUCGCACUCAUAACGAAAUUUUACUGUUUCCGCAGAACAACCAAAAACUGAUCAGGCCUGUGGACACUUUGAUCUGAAAUGUUAUGUAUAAACUAGCCAACAGGCGCAGCUUAUACAAUGCAGCGGCACUCCAAGCAGAGCUCACCGGGCUGCAACAAAAUGGCAGCAGCCACCAUGACUUCAAUCAUAAUCUGGAGUCUGCUAAGCGGAAUGCCCAGAUUGUCAUAAUUGGCGGUGGUCUAGCUGGCUUAUCAGCGGCCAAACAUCUACUAUUGAAUGGAUUUCAAAGUACUCUCGUCCUGGAAGCAACGGAACGCUGUGGAGGUCGCAUUAACUCUAAACGCUUUGGCGAUACAUAUUGUGAGUUGGGAGCCAAAUGGGUUAACAUUAAUGGCUCUCACGACUCCAUGUACCAGCUAUUGCGUAAUGCUGAAGGCCUGACAAAGCAGUUGAAGCAGCCCUCACCCGUGAGAUAUGUACAUACUGUGGGUGAGGGUACGCAAGAUGAACAGGGCAAAGUGCCAACUGGCAUGGUUGAACUAAUAGACACGUUGUUUCGAGACUUGUGUCGCGGCUUCAAGGUGCGCGAUAAAGUGAAAAGUGGCGGCGAUUUGCACUCCUUGGACAAUGUCAUGUCAUAUUUUCAAUCGGAGAGCGACAUGUUAAUAGCUACAUCCUUUAAGAAGCCAGGCGAACAGGCAAUAGCUCGCGAGAUAUUUCAAUCGCUGUUUAAGGACUUCAGUAGCAUAUUGGGCUGCUGUCUUGAAUAUGUGAAUAUCCAACAUGUCACCACAUGUCCAUUGGAUCAGGAAGCGAAUCCGAUUUACGUGCCCACUGGCCUUGACAAUGCAGUCAAUGCGCUAACCCAUGACUUAAACAAACAGCAGCUGCAGACAGGCAAACCUGUUGGCCAGAUACAGUGGAAGACGCCGUCAGACUCUCAAUUUGUCGGUUGCAUAGACGGCAGUUUGUAUAGUGCAGAUCAUAUAAUCUGUACGCUGCCUUUGGGUGUGCUAAAGAACUUUUCUGGUAUCCUAUUCAAGCCUAUGCUGCCGUUGGACAAGCUUCAAGCCAUACACAAUCUGGGUUUUGGCAAUCCAGUCAAAAUCUAUCUCUCAUAUAAGCAGCCCAUUGGCCAGUGGCUAAAGUCGAAUCUACGUCCAUUAUGUCCACUAAAGCAAUCAAGUCCAACCGCUGACAUUGAAGCAACCGAUUCAAAUCCAAAGCGCAGUUGGACUCGACAGAUUGUGGAAGUAACCCAACUACCUAGCAGCAAGCAUGUUCUGGAAAUACGUAUCGGUGGCGGCUACUAUGAUGAGAUUGAGAAAUUACCCGAUGCGAUGGUGCUAGAGCAGUUUACGGCUUUAUUGCGAAAUUGCUUAUGCAAUCAGAACGUACCCUAUCCACAGGCCAUUCUACGUUCUAAUUGGAAUAGCUCCGCCUGUUUUUUGGGCGGCCGGCCUUACUUCUCUAUCAACAGCAGCGUUCGCGAUGUGCAGUCAUUAGCAGCUCCUCUCGGCGAUGCAGCCCCAACGCUACUCUUUGCAGGCGAUGCCACUGCAAUGCAUGGAUUUGGAACGAUUGACGGAGCACGUUCUAGUGGCAUACGGGAGGCGCAGCGGAUCAUCGACUUUUACAACAUGAAGCACAGUGUCUAAACAAACAUAAACAAAAC